AUGUUUGAAUCUAGCACUUACUAUUUGCUAAAACCUUUUCUUAUCUAUCUAGAUAUUUCCCCCUCUCUCUCUGUCUAUCUUAAACUCUUCAUUAUCUAUCUAUCUAUCUAUCUAUUCCGUCCAUUAUCAAUCUAUCAAUUUAAGUCUGCUCAUAUCUAUCUAUCUAUCUAUCUAUCUAUCUAUCUAUCUAUCUAUCUAUCUAUCUAUCUAUCUAACUGUUCCUUUCUCUUUUUUGAACUUUUUUAUUAUCUAUCUAUCUAUCUAUCUAUCUAUCUAUCUAUCUAUGACAGUCUGUUCAUAUCUAUCUAUCUAUCUAUCUAUCUAUCUAUCUAUCUAUCUAUGACAGUUUAUUCAUAUCUAUCUAUCUAUCUAUCUAUCUAUCUAUCUAUCUAUCUAUCUAUCUAUCUAUCAAUCUGUUCGUACCUAACUGUCAGUCUGAAAUCUGAAAACACCAGUUCUCGUUCGAUAACCGACGUUAAGCAGCCUCGAAUCCGUGCUUUCAUUUGUUUCUUUCCUUUGUUUUUUCUUUCUUUUUCGUUCAUUCUUUGUUUCUUUCUUUUCUUUUUAUUUCUUUUUCUUUCUUUCAUUUCUUUCUUUUGUUUUUUCUUUCUUUCUUUCUUUCUUUCAUUUCUUUCUUUAUUUUGUUUUUUCUUUCUUUUUCGUUCUUUCUUUCAUGUCUUUCUUUUACGUUUUUGUUCUUUCUUUCAUAUCUUCCGUUCUUUUGUUUUUCUUUUUCGUUCUUUCAUUCUUUCUUUCUUUUGUUUUUCUUUCUUUUUCUAUCUUUUGUUUUUUCUUUAUUUUAGGUUCUUUCAUUUACUUCUUUCGUUUGUUUUUCUUUCUUUUCCUUCAUUCUUUAUUUGUUUCAUUCUUUUCUUUUUAUUUCUUUUUCAUUGUUGCAUUUCUUUCUUUCUUUUCUUUUUCUUUCCUUAUUGUUUUUUCUUUUAUUUCUUUUUUUCCUUUCUUUUUCGUUCUUUCUUUCCUAUCUUUCUUUCUUUUUUAUUUUUCGUUCUUUCUUUUGUUUGUUUUUCCUUCUUUUUCGUGCUUUCGUUCUUUCUUUUGUUUUUCUUUCUUUCUUUCUUUCUUUCUUUCUUUCUUUCUUUCUUUCUCCACCUAUUUUAA